CCGCUCUGUUACUAUUCCAGUUCGCGUUUGUUGCCCGUGAAGGAUGCCUUCUGCCAACCCUAAACUAGAAAAACAGGCUUCUACGGAGACCGUAGAACCUAUACGCCAAGCAAUUAUUGUUAUCGAGCAUAAAAUACGGAAUCUCGAAAAACGUAAGGGAAAGUUAGAAUCGUACAGGGAUCUGCAGAAAAAUGGAAGGGAACUAAAUGCAGAUCAAAAAACAGCAGUAGCUAAAUAUGACGAAGUAUUACAAACAUUGGAUAUCACAAAGGAACUGUAUAAGCAAAUUGUUGGAAUUGCACAUGAUGCAGUCAAACAGCAAAAAAAAUUGGCAAGGAAAGAGGCUAUUGAGAGAAUGCAACAGGACAUUGCAAAGGUGAAAGAGGUUCUUCUUAUACAAGAUGCACUAAUGAACAUGGGUACAGAAUCUGUUAGAGAAGAUUUUCUUGCUGGGAAAAAUGGUGCUGUAAAAUUGUCAGAACAAGAUUUAAAAUACUUGGAUAGUUUAUAUAAUGAAGUUAUGAUGAAACAUCAUAGAGAAGAAGGUGAACCAACAUUUUUCCAACAAGUGCAGAAAGUAGCCGAACACUAUGUAGCCAUUGUUGAUGGAAAACAGAGAGAAAUUGCUGGCACAACUUACAAUAAAUUAAAAGAAAUUAUUACCUCCAUUAAUCAGUGUGGCUAUUUUGAUCAAGUUCAUGAAACUGAAGCUGUAGUAGAAGAAGUUACAGAAGCAGUUGCGGAAACGCAAAUAUCUGAAACUCCUGUGCAAGAUCAAGUCAAUGAGGAAUAUAAUACUAAUGACAGACACAUUCCACCUGAGUCCAUGAUUCCAAUUCCAAACUUCCCCGUGCAGGUUACACCUCUCCCUGUUGUUUCUGGCACUACCCCAGUUUCUGGCCCUAUUCCUGUAGUUGCACAACCCAUUCCACAUCCAGCUGCACCAGUUGAGACAUCUUAUUAUACAAAUGCAACAGGAUUUGUUCCACAACCACAGCCACAGCCACAGCCACAACAGCAACAGCAAUCUCAACAAACUCAGCAACAGCCACAAGCUCCUAGGAUUAAUGAUGUCAUAGGCACACCAAAUUUCUUUUUCUUACAAGAAUCGGAGCUUGAUUCGCCAGAUGUUACACCACAAGCACCAAUAGUAUCACACAUUCCUACUGCUGUUAAUGCACCUAUUCCUUCACAAACAUUUACUAAUCAAAACUUUGCAAAUGCACCGGUAGUAGCACAACAAGUUAUAUAUCAACAUCAGCCACCACAAGAUAUGUCCCACAUUCCUGGAUUUGCCAAUCCGAAUCCUCCCCCACCUAUCCCAAUGCCACCCUCUCAUCAGCAACCAAAUAUACAAUAUAGUCCUCAGCAUCCUGCCAAUUUUCAACAACAGCCACAGCAACAACAAGCUUCUUCACAAAUAACGCAACAAGCACAAAAUCAAAAUUUUGAACAUCAACAAGAAAAUCAACAACAACCUGCUGAAGAAAAAGUUGAAGAAAAUCAAGAUGAAACAAUAGCACCAGAAUCAGAAAUAGAACAACCUAAUGAAUCUGUGGAUUGGUGCCAGAUGACUGAAACUAACGAUUGGAAUCAAACAGAUCAAUCACAACAAUCUACUCAAGAUUCACAACAAACACAACAACAAACAUCUCAGCAAAAUUGGGGUGAUCAACAACAACGUAGUGGAUAUAGAGGCAGGGGUGGAAGAAGAGGUAAUUCUAAUGGGUACAAUGGAAGAAGUAGGGGCGGUUAUCAACAAAACGGACGUGCAGGUCAAGGGACGUACUAUCGUAAUGAUAGUAAUUAUCAAAAUGGUUAUCAACAACGAUCGUGGGGUAAUAGUGAAGGAAAUAGUGGUUACAAUUCUGGUUAUAAAAGAGGUGGUGGAUCAAGAGGUGGAGGUCCACGAGGUGAGCGUGGUAUGGAUAGAGGUGGUCGAGGACAGUUUCGUGGUCAAAGAGGUGGAAACCGUGGUGGUUAUACACCCCGUGGUAAACCCCAUACGCAGCAGUAAUAAAAAUGCGAUAGAAUAAUGCACAGUGAAACAUAAAUAAUGCUGUAAGAUCAUAAUUCAAUUGUCUAUUUACGAAAAAAACCUAAGUCGUAUGUUGAAACUUUACAUACUAAAAUUCGUAUAUACAACUUGGCUUAGUAUUUUCUUCCGGUACCUGGAAAAAAAUAAUGAGCCAAGUUAUAUACAUGAAUUUUAGUACAUAAAAUAGCAAUUUCAAUGUUUUAGAUUGUUAUUUGAUAAUUCUUGUAAAUGAUUCAUUAAUUAUAUUUAUACAUAUUAAGAGAAUAACAUUAAGGAAAAAGUACUGAUAUUUACAUAAGUUUACAUUUAAAAAAAUGUUGCAUUUAAUCAGUAUGAUAAAAAAAAAUUGAUUUGAAAAAAAACAUUUUGGUACAUUUUUUUUGCGGCUUAGGAUAUUUCCUAAAUGGGACUAUUGAAUAAAAAAAUUUUGCAUUUGAAUUUGGUAUCUACAAUUAUCAAAAGAAAGAUCUAAUAACGAAAGGGUUAUGCAGACGUAACAUUGUGAUAUAAGAAAAGAUCAACCAAAUUUGAAAGCGUGAACCCACCAUGCAAGUAUUAUUGUGUUGUGACAGAAGGCAGUUUUCACAGGGCAACAACAGCUGAUCAACAAAGAUUAGAAAAAUAAUUUUAUUAUAAAAAAAAAUACAAAAAAAAAUGAGAACUCAUACAAGCAUUUCACGCAAAGACACAAGAAUGUAUUUAACGAAUAACGUUGAAGUAAUUACAUGAAUAGAUGAACUGCACGACCAUCUCUUUGUCUUGCGGCGCAUCGUUCUGGAGAAUUUUUUAAGAUAUCAGAAAAAAGAGAAUACAGUGAGCAAUGCCUUCUAGUGCUAUAUAUCUUCUUGACUUCAUAUUCCAUUUUUUGGUCUAUGAAUCUGUGAAGUAUUUAGAAAGUUAAAGUUGUCGAGAUUUAGUAGUUUGGAAAAUGAAAGAUUAACGUAAUACAUGAAUACAUAAAAAAUGUUUUUCAUGAAACAUGUUUCAUGAUUGCUGCUAAUUACGUCGCUCCCUCUUCUGUUUUUUCUGUGUGAUUUCAAAAUUCUGUACGGUCGCCUACGCAGCUGGCCAAGUAAAAGAGAUUGCAGUGCAAUGUCAAGUUUAUAAAGCAACAUUACCUGAUUUUUUUUAUCGCAAAAUAUAUAUGAUUAUUUUAAAAAAAUAAAGCGAUAGUGCGGAGCUUUAGCAUGUAAGUCGAAUGUACAAUUUCUGACUAGAGACAAAGAAAAGCGCAUUUGAAUAAUGCGCCAAUGACGAAAGCCACGCUCACACCGCCAAACACGUGAUGAGGAGUACCGUAUCGUAUUUUUUUUUUUUUUUUUUUUUUUUUUUUUUUUUUUUGUAUAUUUGUGUUUAAUCACCUCCAUCUACAGUUAUGUUCAACUAUCCUAUGAAUACCUAUGUAUCUUCCAAAUAAAGAUCUAAUUCAACCCUGCUAACUAGCCUACCUAUCGUACUCAUUGUCAACACGAAAAUCGUUUCAUUCUUCAGCUUGUUCUCAAAUAAAAAAAUCGAAUAAAGUAUUUGAUUAAUCAUA